UUGAUCCACUUUAAAAACAAAAAAAAAAAAAUCAAAAAGACAAAACUUUUCAAAAUCAGACAACAACCGACACUCUGUUCCGUUAGGGUUUUCUGUUUGCGUCACCAGCCUCCUCCUCCUCCUAACCAUGGCGGAGAAACCAACCGACGACGUCAUGCUCUUACACGGCGACCUCGAUCUCACAAUCGUCCAAGCCAGAAAGCUCCCGAACAUGGACACCUUCUCCAACCACCUCCGCCUCUGCCUCACCGUCUGCACCAACCCCACCACAACGGACGAAGAAGAAGACCGCAGAGCCAGAGACGGCCUCCCACCGCCGCCGCCGCCGCCUUCAAACGCCCGCAGCCACCGCAAAGUCAUCACCAGCGACCCUUACGUCACCGUCGUCGUCCCGCAAGCCACCCUCGCCCGAACCCGCGUCUUGAAAAACUCCCAAGAUCCCAAAUGGGACGAGCACUUCACCAUCUCCAUAGCUCACCCUAUGUCUCACUUAGAGUUCCAAGUCAAAGACGACGACGUUUUCGGCGCCCAGAUCAUCGGCACGGCGAAAAUCCCGGUUAAGGACAUCGCCUCCGGUUCACCGGUUAAAGGCUGGUUCCCUAUCCUCGGCGCCUCCGGGAAGCCCCCGAAGAAGGAGACCGCUCUGUACAUCGAGAUGACGUUCACUCCCUUCGAUCAGAUCCAUACCUACCGCAGCGGUAUCGCCGGAGAUCCGGAGCGGAAAGGUGUGAAAGGAACUUACUUUCCGGUGAGGAAGGGGAGUCAGGUGAGGCUUUACCAAGACGCUCACGUGAUGGACGGGAUGCUGCCGGAGAUUGGGUUGGACGGUGGGAAGGUUUAUCAGCACGGCAAGUGUUGGGAGGAUAUUUGCUAUGCGGUCUCCGAGGCUCACCAUAUGAUUUAUGUCGUUGGUUGGUCUGUGUUUCAUAAGGUGAAGCUCGUUAGGGAGCCGACGAGGAAGUUGCCGAGAGGUGGGGAUUUGACGCUUGGGGAGUUGUUGAAGUAUAAGUCGGAAGAAGGUGUGAGGGUUUUGUUGCUUGUGUGGGAUGAUAAGACUUCUCAUGAUAAGUUUGGGAUUAGAACGCCUGGAGUAAUGGGGACACAUGACGAAGAGACGAGGAAGUUUUUCAAGCAUUCUUCUGUGAUAUGUGUAUUGUCUCCUCGCUAUGCCAGCAGUAAGCUUGGGUUGUUCAAACAACAGGUUGUUGGCACUCUAUUCACGCACCAUCAGAAGUGUGUUCUUGUAGACACUCAGGCCGCUGGUAACAACCGCAAAGUCACAGCUUUUCUUGGAGGUAUAGAUCUUUGUGACGGCCGCUACGACACACCUGAGCACAGGAUACUACAUGAUCUUGACACUGUAUUUAAGGAUGAUUUCCACAAUCCUACAUAUCCAGUUGGUACGAAGGCUCCAAGACAACCUUGGCACGAUCUGCACUGCAGGCUAGAAGGUCCUGCUGCGUAUGAUGUUCUCAUGAACUUUGAGCAGCGUUGGAGGAAAGCCACACGGUGGAAGGAGUUCAGCUUAAGGUUAAAGGGGAAAACUCACUGGCAAGACGAUGCUUUGAUUAGGAUAGGACGUAUAUCGUGGAUUCUAAGUCCAGUGUUUAAGUAUCUGAAGGACGGUACUAAUAUGGUUCCUGAGGAUGAUCCAAUUGUGUAUGUUUCCAAAGAAGACGACCCUGAGAACUGGCACGUUCAGGUGUUCCGUUCGAUUGACUCUGGAUCCUUGAAAGGGUUUCCAAAAUAUGAAGAUGAGGCUAAGUCACAAAAUCUGGAAAGUGCCAAGCGACUUGUGGUGGAUAAAAGCAUACAGACAGCGUACAUACAGACAAUCAGAUCUGCUCAGCAUUUCAUUUAUAUAGAGAAUCAGUAUUUUCUUGGUUCUUCUUAUGCUUGGCCUAAUUAUAAAGAUGCAGGAGCUGAUAAUCUUAUACCUAUGGAGUUGGCACUAAAGAUUGUUAGUAAAAUCAGAGCUAAAGAGAGAUUUUCUGUGUAUGUGGUCAUACCAUUGUGGCCUGAAGGCGACCCUAAGUCUGGACCUGUGCAAGAGAUUCUAUAUUGGCAGAGCCAAACUAUGCAGAUGAUGUAUGAUGUCAUAGCAAGAGAACUGAAAGCAGUGGAGUCAGAUGCUCACCCUCUAGAUUACCUUAACUUUUACUGCCUUGGUAAACGAGAGCGGUUCCCAGAUGAUAAGCCAGACACCAAUGGCAGUGCGGAAUCGGAUUCUUAUAGGUUCCAGCGUUUCAUGAUCUAUGUGCACGCAAAGGGGAUGAUAGUAGAUGAUGAGUAUGUACUAAUGGGAUCUGCUAACAUCAACCAAAGAUCAAUGGCCGGGACGAAAGAUACCGAGAUAGCCAUGGGUGCAUAUCAACCCCAUCAUACAUGGACUAACAAGGGAAAACACCCACGUGGCCAGGUGUAUGGUUACAGGAUGUCACUAUGGGCAGAGCAUUUAGGCAAAACAGGAGAUGAGUUUGUGGAGCCUGGUGAUCUAGAAUGUGUCAGGAACGUGAACGAAAUCGCUGAAGGGAACUGGAAGAAGUUCAUUGAUCCUAAAUUCUCGGAGCUGCAAGGUCACUUGAUUAAGUAUCCACUGCAAGUAGACGUUGAUGGUAAAGUGAGCUCACUUCCAGAUUACGACAGUUUCCCAGAUGUUGGUGGUAAGAUCAUUGGAGCUCAUUCCAUGGCUCUCCCUGAUACUCUAACCACUUAAAUGUUGUAAUGUUCUCAAUGUUGUGUGAAGUUGUACAUUUUGUAACUUUUGUUGUUUUUAUUUAUUCUUUUAUGAUUUGUUGUCAAACUGUAUUUGUUUGGGGUCCAAAAAAUAGAAUGUGUGGACUGUGGAGGCAACAAAAUAAUAAGGAUAUUCAGUUUUUUUUCUU